AUGGCUUUUCGACAUCAAAGUUCAAAACUGAGCAUUUUUUCUCACGUCACAUCUCUUUCCCAUCAGACGGUAAAUUGCUCAUUCACACUCGGCUGGUCCGUCGUUCUUGGCCGGGAGCCGCACGCGCCGCGGGGCUCCGUCAGAGUCACGCGAGCCCAGCAGGAGCCGGCGCGGAGCCCGCAGCCCUCCGCCGGGGCUCCUUGUUGUAGUGAUCCGUCUUUGACGUCUUGUGCACCGGACCACGCUGAAGUGCACAUUCUACAUCUUUUUUAUGGGAAGUGCACAGGGACGAGGUUCGCGACAUUACGUGUGAAACGCCAGCUAGUGGGUAGCUGUGUAGUGUCGCAGGUCGCUAUUGUAAAUGACCGCAUUACUUGCUUUGUUAAUGAUUCAUGGAUCGAUGACUUCUUCCUUCAUUUAACUUGA